AUGACGAGCACGACCACUGUCCAGCGAGCGCCGUCUUCCAACUGGAGAGAGCUGCAAGAGAAACUCAAGCAAACUCGACAGAGCUCCAGUCCGGCAAAGAUCCCAGUCGAACGGCCUACCAAGCGUCGUCGGAAGGACAGCUCACCUCCUCCUUCUUCUUCUUCUUCUUCUCCUUCUUCGCAUCAUCGUCCUCCACUCAAGACAGUACAUCGCGAGCAUGGCGCAGAACAGAGCACGCUCAAAAUCGCAGAGUCCAUCUCGAGCGCUCCUCUGCAGAGCGAGAUGUGGUUCGCAGACGAUCUGAGGAACGAUCGCGACAGACAAUUAGCGCAAGAUCUUGUGACUCAGCCUGACAAGAUCGUUGCGCCCGUUGAGGAUCUCAAAGGGAAACGCAAAGCCACGCUCGACGAACUCUUGGGGACUCCCAGCCUGCCCACGGGCCGCAAGGCAAAACCGGGCGAAUACGUAGCACUCGAUUGCGAGUUUGUGGGCGUAGGACCAGAUGCAGAGGAGUCGAUGCUCGCACGCGUGUCCAUUGUCAACUACUUUGGCGUUCUUGUCUACGACACGUUUGUGCGGCCAAAGGAAGCAGUGACUGACUAUAGGACCUUCGUCUCUGGCGUCAGAGAGCAAGACCUGCGAGACGCGCCGACAUUCGAGGAAGUAGCCCGCAAAGUUGCAGAUAUCAUCGAAGGCAAGAUCCUCGUCGGUCACGCAAUACAUAACGACACCCAGGCUCUCAUGCUCAAACAUCCUAGUCAUGCCAUACGUGAUACAGCUCGGCAUGCGCCCAUACAUGACCUAGCAAAGACCAAGCGACCUGCACUCAAAAAGAUCGCGAAACUCUUUCUCGGUAUCGAUAUACAAGCAGGCGAGCAUUCUUCGAUAGAUGACGCGAGGGCGACGAUGGCUGUCUACCGUCACUUCAAGGACGAUUGGGAAGCGGCCGUGAGGAAAGGCCAGCGUCCUGCGCCUAUUGCCGAUAAUUCACCGCGGCCGACGCUGGCCAUAGCGGGCACGCUGAAGCAGAUCAAGCGAGAUGCGGCAACCCAGCAGAAGGGUCAGACAGAGCCGCGCAAGAGGACGCAUUCAGACUCGCGCAAGCCAUCAGGAGGCUCCAAGUCUGACUGGUGGCGCGAGGGCCUAGAGUGA